CUCCAAUCACAGGGUCGCAAAAUAGACGCGCGUGGUGCGUUCAGGUGCUGGCGAAAGCUCAAGCGGCGCACGAGUCCUUCACUCGUUCUCCGAGCGGCUGAAGGUGGAGUUGCAGCAAGAGCAGCGCAGAGAGGCGCCCGACCACCGCCUUUGCGCCAGCAAGCGCCAUCACUGCACAUUGCGCAUCAGCCCCGCGCUUCACGACCCGGAGGACCGCGAGGACACAUCCUCACAUCGGCAUCUUCUCGAUCGCACAUCGCCGCUUUUUUUUUCUCUCUCCCUUCAUCGGAUUGAUUCUCUUGGAAGCAAGCGAGAUGCUCGCUAGCCGCCUUCUAUGAGCGUGAAGGAGCUUCUCUUCAUCACCAGGCGCAGCCAUUUGGACAUCUGCCAGCAUCCGGUCACCAAAGGCGAGCGAGACAGACGAGGCGAUCCGGGUGUCCCGUGAGAUCUCGGUGGUCUCCUCCCACAGCAGCAGCCAGAAGGCCGGCGGCCACCCGCAUCUUCUAGAAGCCCCGUCGUCCCCUCCCCCGUCGCCAUGGGAACCGUGCUGUCCCUGUCGCCCAGCUACCGCAAGGCGGCCCUGUUCGAGGACGGGCCGGCCACGGUGGGCCACUACACGGCGGUGCAGAACAGCAAGAACGCCAAAGACAAGAACCUGAAGCGGCACUCGCUCAUCAACGUGUUGCCAUGGAAACGCAUCGUGGCGGUGUCGGCCAAGAAGAAGGGCUCCAAGAAGGUGCAGCCCAACGGAACCUACCAGAACAACGUGACCCAGCUGAACAACGAGAAUCUGAAGAAGUCCCAGUCCUGCGCCAACCUGGCCUCCUUCGGCCAGGACCAGAGCACCCCCACGCUGACCAAGGGCCCCGGCAACAACAGCGAGGACACGUCGUCCGUCAAGAAGGCCCCCGCCGCCGCCCCCGGCACCCCCAAGCGGGUGAUCGUGCAGGCGUCCACCAGCGAGCUCCUGCGCUGCCUGGGCGACUUCCUGUGCCGGCGCUGCUACCGCAUCAAGCACCUGUCGCCCACCGAGCCGGUCCUGUGGCUGCGCAGCGUGGACCGCUCCCUGCUGCUGCAGGGAUGGCAGGACCAGGGCUUCAUCACGCCCGCCAACGUGGUCUUCGUCUACAUGCUGUGCCGCGACGUGGUCUCCUCCGAGGUGGCCGGCGAGCACGAGCUGCAGGCCGUGCUCCUCACCUGCCUCUACCUGUCCUACUCCUACAUGGGCAACGAGAUCUCCUACCCCCUCAAGCCCUUCCUGGUGGAGAGCUCCAAGGAGGCCUUCUGGGACCGCUGCCUGUCCAUCAUCGACCUGAUGAGCGCCAAGAUGCUGCAGAUCAACUCCGACCCGCACUACUUCACCCAGGUCUUUGCCGACCUCAAGAACGAGAACCAGAAGGAGGAGGAGCGCGGGCGCCUGCUCAUCGGACUGGACCGGAGGGCCAUCGCCUGACUGGUGCUGGUGGUCGCCAAGCACUGACGGAGACGAGCGGCGCAAAGCCCCGCCCCCUUCCUCACCCCCCCCUCCCAUCAGUGCGGACUUGAGUGGACUUUAGGCGGGCCGGGACAGACGCCAAUCAGACAGCGACGCUCGUCCGAGGGCGGGACGGUCUUUGUCGAGGACGGAGCGUUGCAUUGUGGGACUUUCCGUCAGAGGACGACAACCUUUUUUUGGUUUUUUUUUUCAAGUUAGCGGAUGUUUUGCUCCUGCCGGCGGACGGAGGCUUAUUUAUUUCUGGAAUAAACUCAUCUUUGGUCAUCUUUGAUCAUCUUUGGUCAUCUUUGGUCAAGCUUCUGCACGCAGGACUUUUCUUCUUCUUCUUCUUCUCUGGACUUGCCGUCUGCGUUAAAAGAACCAACACGUCGAUUUAGCUCUGCUUGCGUUACUUUUUGCUACUUUCUGCUUGUGUGCUCACGCUACAUCGCUGCCACGUUGAAACUGUGCCAUAGCCUCCGGCCCCCAACCACCCACCGGCCCACCCACCCCCUUGAGGGGCUCAUUCUACCUUUGCUUGCUCUUAUCUUUGGUGGGAAUGAAGAUUGACACGAGAUUUAACGGUAAAAAUGUCCUUCCACGUAGACACAUGGCACCUCGGUCUCCGCUCACGUCCUCCAGUUCCACCAGGGUGGGACACCUCCAGGGCCUAGGUCUUCCCUGAAGGGAAACCACCCUUUUCAGGCUGAGAACCUCAUGUUUUGAGGCCGUGAGUCUCACCCUUGAAGCUGGGCCGCUUUCUUUAAAAAAAAAAAAGGCUUCACUACACGUCGUAAAGUAAUGCAGUCCUCCCAGACACCCCAAACACGUUAAACACGUUAGCGUUAAAGCUACACAUCCACCCCAAAAUGGUGUCCCCGGGCUGUACGGACCGAGGGUCUAAAAUGGGACCUUUAAAGUCAGGUCAACAUUCCCACCGCCAUCCUGAUAAAUAUGGACACGUUCCAGUCAGCCGUCGCAUCGUUUCACUUUCUAUUUCCUGCUUUGGUGAGUGCGGUGUGAUGGACGUCACUGCCCCCCCCCCCACCACCACCACAUGAAACGUGCCAUUUUUUCCCCUCACUUAAAUAAGACAAAAAAAAGAUAAUUUUGUGUAUCUUGUUGCAUACUAGAUCUUGUAGAUAAACAACAGCAGUGUGUGUGUGUGUGUGUGUGUGUUUGUACAGAAGAGUGUGUGUGAUGUGCUGGAUAAAAGGGCGGGGGGUGGGAAGAAGGGGGGGGGGUAGGCAAGGGGAGACCCGAUGACACUUCAAUGUCAAUGGUUCCAUUUUCAAAGACAGAAAAUGAGAAAAAGCUGUUGUUGUUCCUGCUUUCAUUUCCUGGUUCUGCUUAUUAAUUUUCAUUUAUUUUUGUACUGUGAUGACAACAAGGAAAUAAAAUGGACGGAUUGUUCCAGACGCACGCUCCUCGUGUGAUGACAUCACUCCCUCACACAAUGCCGCCAAGUGGGAUUCCUUAUUUAUAAGCGGAAUAUUUUGAUAGAAAACCUGUUUACAACCUUCUACAUGCACUUUUUAACAGCAUUGGAGCCCCGUAGCCAGAAAAUAACACCCCUAUAGUCACCUUUACACUGCUAUUACCCAAUAUUGGUGACAUAAAAGAAAAAGAACCUCUUAACUCUUUUCUUUAAUAUAAAAGACCUCUUGACAUGAAAUAACACCCCUAUAGUCACAUUUACACCAUUACCCAAUAUAGUAGAAAUGAAAAAGUAAGACAUAAAACCUGUUUGAGGUUCUAAAUGUGCUUUUUUAAAUAUGCUAUUUUAACAUGAGAGCCCUCCAGACAUGAAAUAACACCCCUAUAGUUUAUCUUAAUGCCCUUUACGCUCUUAUUACCAAUGUAGUACACAUAAGAGAAAGUAAGACAUAUACAACCUGUUUAUGAUGUUGUAAAUGUUUUAACAUUAUUAGAGCCCUCUAGACAUGAAAUAACACCCCUAUAGUCACGUGUACGCUCCUAUUUCCCAUUAUAGUAGACAUAAGAGAAAAUAAGACAUAAAAGCUGUUUAUCCUUCCAAUUGUUUUGGGUUUUUUUUUUACAUUAGAGCUUUGGAGACAUGAAAUAACACCCCUAUAGUCACCUUUACACUCCUAUUACCCAAUAUCGGUGACAUAAGAGGGAAAAAAAGACUUUGAAAACCUGUUUUAUGACCUCUUAAAUCUGUUUUUUUAACAUAAAAGACCUUUCGACAUGAGAUAACACCCCUAUAUAGUAGAAAUGAAAAAGUAAGACAUAAAACCUGUUUGAGGUUCUAAAUAUGCUUUUUUAACAUUAGAGCCCUCAGACAUGAAAUAACACCCCUAUAGUUUACCUUAACGCCCUUUACGCUCUUAUUACCAAUGUGGUAGACAUAAGAGAGCAGCCUGUAGGACUAACGAGUCAUCAACGGGCCAAUUAUAAGACAGCGGGGGCCGGUGUGUGUGGGUGGAUGGUUUGAAGGUAGUAAUUGUUCCCGUUUCCAAAUACACAUAGAUCCAGGGCAAACAGAGCAGAGACAUUUAUUAUUAUUAUUGCUGCAGUGAUGGCCGACAGGAGUGGACGCCUGAUGGGAAACAACAAACUUAACCAAGAGGCACAAAGCCAUUGAGAGACAAUAAA